AUGUAUGAAGACUACUAUCCAAUACCGCUCUCACUAGAGCAUCCAGACCGCUACAGCGCCGUCCAUGCCCUGUACGGUCCUGGCGCCUAUCUCGCAUGGAUCCUCACCGCAUACAGCGUCUUCCUCCAACUCUACGUAUCAAUCCAACACCCCCCGCAGAAACCACAAACAAAGGAGAAGACAAAUCUCGACAAAGAUCCACAUACGCUCCCAAACGAGAAGAAUGUCAACGAAGCUCUGCCCACGAUUCGCAACAAGACGAACCUCGACAAAGACCUCCUCCUUACACUGAGUUCCUCGCUCUUUGCCGCAGCCCACCUCGUCUACCAGGUCAUCCGAUACCCCGGACCACGCAGCGAGAUCUGGACGACAGAGGACGAGGAGCUAAUCCCGCGCGUCACGGCCAUCUACGCCACGGCGCAGUUCUGCAUUGUAGCGCUCGGCGUGCACCUCGUCUUCAUCGGCCUGCUUUACAAGUCGCGGACACGCCAGUACAUCGUGGCAGCAACCAGCCUGUGCAUCCUCGGCGCGCUAUGCUUCGCCGGUUUAAGAGGAGGGCGGUGGUUUACCCAGCUCAUCCGAGGCACAGGCGGGAUUCUCCUUGCAGCCUUCAUGUUCCCCGUCACGCUCUUUGCAGCCUGGAAUUUCGUGCUCUUCGUUACUAUUAUUGUGGGGAAUGUCGUGCUCUACCUCGUAGCACUGUCGCAGCUGCGCGUCUGGAAGUUUCUUAAAGGCGUGAUAUGGUGCGGUUGUAUGCCGCUGGUGGUGCUGGGGUUUUAUCCGAUGGUCUGGGGUGUUGGGAAUGGGAACGCGUGCUUAUUUCCCAAGUCGCUGCAUUCGAUUUGGGAGGGGCCGCAGAUUGUGGGGGUUUUGGCUGCGUUGGGGAAUUUGGGGGUGUCGCUGGGUGAGGCGUUUGGGGAUCUGUGUGUGUAUAUGUGGAAUGAUUUACCUAGGUUGUUGAGUUGA